UCCUCUCCAGUCCCCCCGAUCGGUUUCUCUCUUUUCUUUUGCUGGUGCUUGGGAACGGCACAUAGGUGGAACUCGCAAUAGUUUUGCGAGUCCGUCCAAGUUCGUAAUCUGGAAUAAGAGUCUAGAGACGCAUAUUCCGUUAACCAGGGAGUAGUGAGAAGACCAGAACAAAAUAAAAGAAGAGGGGGAGAGGAGAAUUUCAAGCAACCCCUGUUGUAUAUUCCCCAAAGUACAGAGUGAUGAGUCGCAGUAUUGUGCGCCAGAGUAAGUUCCGGCAUGUUUUUGGGCAGGCUGCAAAGGCAGAGCAGAGUUAUGAUGACAUUCGGGUUUCCAAGGUGACAUGGGACAGCUCCUUCUGUGCAGUCAAUCCAAAGUUCUUGGCUGUUAUAGUGGAGUCCAGUGGAGGAGGGGCCUUUCUGGUUCUUCCUCUCUCAAAGGUGGGGCGUGUGGACAAAAGCUAUCCACUGGUGGUGGGACACUCUGGACCUGUCUUGGACAUUGACUGGUGUCCCCACAAUGACAACAUCCUGGCCAGUGGCUCGGAAGACACUACUGCCAUGGUAUGGCAGAUCCCUGACCACACACCAACCCGCCCCAUCAGUGAGCCCAUUGUGGUGCUGGAGGGACACUCCAAACGCGUGGGCAUCGUCACCUGGCACCCCACUGCCCGCAACCUCCUCCUCACUGCAGGCAGUGACAAUCUGAUCAUCAUCUGGAAUGUGGGCACUGGAGAGCCCUUGAUCUCAAUGGAUGACCACCCUGACCUCAUCUACAACAUCAGCUGGAACCACAAUGGAAGCCUGUUCUGCACCACCUGCAAGGACCGCCGCCUGCGUGUCUGUGACCCCCGCAAGAGAGAGGUGGUUGCGGAACGACUGGCUCCACAUGAGGGCAUUAGGCCAAUGAGAGCCAUCUUCACCAGAGAGGGCAACAUCUUCACCACGGGCUUCACCAGGAUGAGCCAGAGAGAGCUUGGUCUCUGGGACCCAACAAAUUUCGAGGAGCCCAUUGCACUUUUGGAGCUGGAUACAAGUAAUGGAGUCUUACUUCCAUUUUAUGAUUCAGACACUAGCAUGGUAUAUCUGUGUGGCAAGGGAGACAGCAGCAUUCGGUACUUUGAGAUCACAGAUGAGCCCCCAUAUGUGCACUACCUCAGCACCUACAGCAGCAAGGAGCCACAGCGAGGCAUGGGCUUCAUGCCCAAGAGAGGAGUGGAUGUCAGCAAGUGCGAGAUUGCCAGGUUAUACAAACUCCAUGAGAGGAAAUGUGAGCCCAUCAUAAUGACAGUCCCUAGAAAGUCGGACCUGUUCCAGGAUGACCUUUACCCAGACACUGCGGGUCCAGAGCCGGCCCUGGAACCUGAGGAGUGGCUGGAGGGGCGAGAUGAGGACCCUAUCCUGAUCUCCAUGAGGGAUGGCUAUGUUCCCCCCAAGAGCAGAGAGCUGAAAGUGGCCAAGAAGAAUGUCCUGGACUCCCGGCCUGUAACUCGCAGGAGCAUGUCGGCCAUGGAUGGGAGCAGCUUGCCGCCUCAGUUGUUGGAGAAGCUUGUGGAGGAGAUUCAAAGUCUGAAGGCCACAGUUCUCUCUCAGGAGAAGCGAAUCUGUGAACUAGAGAAUAAGCUCUCCAAGUACACCAACGGCACUGUGUGACUGAUUCAGUAAAACUCAACCACUCCUGUACACUCUAUUCAAUUCACCACCCCCUCCCCACCUGACCCUUAUUAAAGGCGCACAUGUACACAUUACCAUCAUAGCAUCUACUAUUGCAUAGUUUAUUAAAGUACUUUAAUUAUUUACAGCUUCUUUUAUUGAGGCUAUGGGCAAUAGUUACAUUUACUAAUGCUCUCCUUUAUGCUUUACGGAAUCUUUCCGGAAGCCAGAUAGAAUAGUGUACUUUUGCUGAACACGGACUAUCCAAAUGAAAACUAAGGGCCAACUUGAAUAUUAAAAUCGCAUAAAUCCCUGUAUGUUCAUCAUCUGAUUGCAAGCUGCAUAAAGUCUAGUCAAAGAAUGCUACAGAAUUAGAAUAUAUAGAGUUUCCCUGCUUGCAGGUCACGUUCUGUGUUGUAGUUGCAAACUGGUUUCCACAGAAAAUGGAUCACUCCAUUUGGGGCUUUUGGUCUGGAAAACAAAAAAGUAAAGUUGAGUUUUGCUUUAAGGCCCAUUUUAUGUAGUUUUCUGCCAUAAUCAUAUAACCCCUGAGUGAUGAAUGCAGAGACACUUCAGGUCUGUGUUCUCAUGGUGACUCUAGCAGUGUUGGAUUAAAUUUUGACCUUAUUUUUUAAACCUAUCUAGCCCCCAGACUCAAACAGCCUUACCUAUUCAUUCUUGACCAACAUGAAAGAUGUCUCAUGCAGUUAUACAUUUCAAAAUGUAAAUACUAUUUUAAAAAAAAUGUUAAAGAUUGCAAAAUAUCAAAAUCAAUGACAAAAAAUGAGUGUGUUCUGUAGAGGAUAUCAAUAAAAACAUUUUUUUUGUAAAAAA